AUGGAAACCGACGUUCCUACUAAGCCCCAGCGUGCUUCAGACGGAGGCUCAUCCAGCAAGUCGUUUGUUAACAUGGAUGCUUUGCAAGACGAAUGGAGCAUCUUCCCAUGGAACCAUUUUCCAGGUUAUACGAUUUCCGAGCGUGCUGGCAGGCAGACUUCGUGGGUCUGGCAGCAUGGUUUCGACAUUCAACCUAGCGAUUCUCCCACGAAAAGAAAAUGGAACAUCGAGAAUCAUCUGUUCAAAGAGCACAGGCUUGUCGAUCUGUCCGGGAAGAGGGGCGCCCGCUCUUGGGAAAGGAACCAGGACAAGACCCCGUCAAAGAAUAUUGUGGAGAUGUUGAACCUCAAUGCUUCAGACCCCAAAGAGCAAGGUAUCGCGAACGCCCUCAUCCAGCGCUUCGAUAAGGACCAUUUUCAGAGACUUCUUCUCGAGUGGGUGGUCGACGCCAACGUCUCCUUUCGCCAGCCCGAGCACUGUCGCCUCCGACAUAUUUUCGAAUACCUGAAUCCAUCGGUCGCAGUGACGAAUGCCCACAUCUCGCACGAUACCGUUCGAAAGCGAAUUGUUGACCUUUAUACCCGAUACAAGACGUGCGUAAUCGACAAUCUAAAGAGCACCCGGGCCAAAUUCACAUUGCGCAUGCCGGAGCUGAAGAUCUCACACUCGGGAGAAAACAUUGCAGCCCAGAUCCUCGAGAUCCUAGAGAGCUAUGAGAUCCUCGACAAGGUGGGCUAUAUUACACUGGACAACGCUGGCAAUAUGGAUACGGCGACAGAGGAGAUUGCAGAGGCACUGGGCUUUGAUCCGAAGAAGCGGAGGGUGCGAUGCUUCGGCCACGUGCUCAACUUGGUGGUCAAGGCGCUAUUAUUUGGACACAAGGCCGACGCGUUUGAGGCAGAGAUUAACGGGGAGCCUGUUCUUGACGCGGUCCAGCAUGAAAUCUGGCGAAAGAAAGGCCCAGUCGGAAAGCUCCACAACCUAGUAAAUUGGAUCCAUCAGUCCGAUAAGCUGACGUACCGGCUUCGUGCGCUUCAGGAAGAGUCCUUUUCACAGUCGGACGACCCCAAGGUUCGAGCGAAGAACCCUGUGGACGUUGUCCUUGAUAACCUUACUCGUUGGCUUUCGACUCUUUAUAUGAUACGGCGCGGCCUUGAGUUGCGGCCUUUCUUGGAAGACCUGACUGAGAAGGUCACGCUUGAGUUCAGGAAAAAUGCCGCAAUGGGAUGA